CGUCCCUGGUUUCCCCAGAACAGAGAGCUGCGCUCUUUUUCAGUCUGAAUGCAGUGAAAAGCGGUUUCCCCUUACUAUAUACGGCUCUCUGUCUCUCUCGGUGUGUCGUUAUCCCGAUAGCCUUCCUGUUGCUGCCUUUUUUAUUUUUCAGAAGCCCUGGGAUUGUUUUGAAUCGGCACAAAAAAGAAAAAUGGGAGCAUUUUUGGACAAACCAAAGAUGGAGAAACAUAAUGCUCAUGGAGCAGGAAAUAGUCUACACUAUGGGCUCAGCAGCAUGCAAGGCUGGAGAGUGGAGAUGGAGGAUGCACACACAGCUGUAAUCGGUCUGCCCAACGGACUCGACCAGUGGUCAUUUUUUGCAGUAUAUGAUGGGCAUGCUGGAUCACAAGUUGCCAAAUACUGCUGUGAGCAUUUACUAGAACACAUCACAAGCAACCCCGAUUUCAAGGGUGCUGACCAUGAGCCUGCUGUGGAAAAUGUAAAGACUGGAAUUCGAACUGGCUUCCUGCAGAUAGAUGAACACAUGCGAGCCAUUUCGGAGAAGAAGCACGGAGUGGACAGAAGUGGCUCAACAGCUGUAGGUGUAAUGAUAUCCCCAAAACACAUCUACUUCAUUAACUGCGGUGACUCGAGAGGUUUGCUGAGUAGAAGUGGGAAGGUCCAUUUUUUUACACAAGAUCAUAAACCCAGCAACCCACUUGAGAAAGAGCGCAUCCAGAAUGCAGGUGGCUCAGUAAUGAUUCAGCGUGUCAACGGGUCAUUGGCUGUAUCUAGAGCCCUGGGGGACUUUGAUUACAAAUGUGUACAUGGAAAGGGUCCAACAGAACAGCUUGUCUCUCCAGAGCCAGAGGUCUAUGAAAUUGAAAGGUCCGAACUUGAAGAUCAGUUUAUAAUCCUUGCUUGUGAUGGCAUCUGGGAUGUCAUGGCUAAUGAAGAGCUCUGUGACUUUGUUAGAUCAAGGCUUGAAGUCACCGAUGACCUUGAGAAAGUUUGCAAUGAGAUUGUUGACACCUGUCUAUACAAGGGAAGCCGGGACAACAUGAGUGUUGUACUGAUCUGUUUCCCUGGUGCACCCAAGGUAUCACCAGAAGCAGUGAAGAGAGAAGCGGAGCUGGAUAAGUACUUGGAGAGCAGAGUAGAAGAGAUCAUUAAGAAGCAGGGUGACGAAGGUGUGCCAGACUUAGUCCAUGUGAUGCGUACAUUAGCAACGGAGAGCAUCCCAAAUCUCCCGCCAGGGGGGGAACUGGCAAGCAAACGGAGUGUCAUUGAAGCAGUUUAUAACAGACUGAAUCCCUACAGGAGUGAUGAUACUGCACAGUGCCAUACAUCAUCAUCUCUCGACUUUAAUAAUUGUUAAACGGGACAUCUGUUAGUCUUUAGCUACAAACCAACUGCCAUCCCUUCAAAUGUUGUUAAUUAGUAGCUGCUUUGUCCAUGAGCUUACAGUUUUGACACCCUCACGUAGUUAUCAAGCUUUCUUAACCCUUUUCAGUCUGGGAUAUCCAGAAAUUGCUGCAUACGUGGACACUCCAGACUUUAAAGGGUUCUUCCUCCUUUUCUUUGUAAAGGACUGUGCAGCAACCGACGAUGCGUGGUAAAACUGCCUGCUUAUCAGCGUUUACAGACACCCGUGAACUGAGAGCACCGUUCAUCAGUCUUUCUUUACUGUCAAUCAUCAGCCUUUAUUUUAAGAAGGGAAUAUGUGAUGGGGAGGAAGAGAUACAAAAACAUCUACAGCAGCAAUCGGCCCAGGAACUGAAGAUUUGUUUUUCCCACAAACUUUUUUUUUUUUUUUUUUUUUUUAAUUCAGUACAAUUCUUUACUGUAAUAAUUGGACUUCAGCAUUGUGUUGUAUGAUUUUAUUUUUUUGUAAUGUGCAAUUUAUUUUUACAAAAAUACCUGUAUUUAAUGGAGCUUGAGUUGGUUUAAGUAAAAAGUAUAAGCACUGUCUGCUUUUUUCUGGUUUUCUGGGAUGCAACAAAUAUUUUUUCAGUGAAUGUUACUGGUAGUCUAACUGGUGAUGUGUAGCUUUUAAAGAAACGGGUAAAUUUAAAUGUAAGAGCACGGUAGACCUUUGUAAAUCAAACAGGGAAACAAACAUUGACUCAUUUACAUCUUUUAAUGUUUUUAAAAAAAUGUUUUUCAAAGUCAUUUUUCAGUGACUGUCCCCACUCCCUGCAGUUUAAAUUAAAAGGAUGGUUCAUUUCACAUGUUGCUUUUUACUGCAUGACUGGCUUAUCAGGCACAUGAGCCUGGUUCUCCCCUCGUUCCCCAGUGCUAGGUCCAUUCCAGUAGAAGUUAGGGUAUUCCCUCACCUAGAAACUAAACCAACACUAGAAACUCAGAAUGCCUCACAAGCAAUUUAAAUAUUAGUUUGGACUGGAAUGUGAUAACAAGGAUCCUGAGACAUUCCCCUUCAUUGUGAUUUAUGAAGUGUUGUCACAGUAACACUAAUUCUUAGUUUUAUUUAAUGGAACUAAACAGCUGUAUGACAUACACAGGGGUUCAAAUGACAAUAGGGUCCAAUUUCCAAGAUUGAUGUACAUGUAAAGGGUGUUUUAGUUGGCAUUGAUGUUUCUGCAGUUGGUUUUUUGGGUGCUGUGUGUCUCAAAUUAAGCUGAAUGGUCUGUAGCAGGUGAAAUGAGCCCUGAAUACUCUUAAACCCCAGUAAAGCCCAGUUCAUAGAAUAAUGUACCUAAGUGCUGAAGCAGAAUGUCCAACCUGUGGAACCUGCAUUUUCAGUCCAGUGCUUUAUUCUCCAUGAUCACAUGCCUGGGAUAGAACAUUAACAUUCUUGUUUCAAUUAUAUCAAGUUACAGUAACUUCCAGAUGUUACCUUUCUUAUCGCAGGGAACUUGAUUGACCAGGGUUGCUGCUAUUACAUGUGACUGUUCAUUGCAGAGCAUUUUUUUUUUUUUUUAAACCAACGUCCACAGAUUUAAAACUUUAUUUUACAUUUACUGAAGAACACAUCUUUAGCUUUUUUCCCCUCUUUUCUCUUUAAUGUUGCUUAAAUACAUUGUUGCAAAACUGUGAUGUAAAUUGUUGACCUUCAAAAGAUUUUUCUUAAAGGAAUAUUAAACAUUGGAAGCAUUCUGUGAUCAAGGUCUUUGUAGCAGCUUUCUGGAGGUGCGUCUUUAUACACAGGAUAAAUAUUUGUUGCUUGUAAACUACUUUGCUUCUGGAGAUUUGUUUUCUUAUUGUAACCUUUUCAGCGUAAAACCUUUUUUUUUUUUUUUUUUUUAAACUGACAAUCUAAUGCUGUAACUCGCAACUGUUCAAUUAUAGUUCAUUACCUCCAUUAGGCAUUUGAUGGUACAUAUAAAUUGAUGCCAACCCCCCCCCCCCCCAAAAAAAAAAACAUGACAUUUAAAGUGGCCUGUGCUUCUCUCCUGUAGCCAAGUAGUAUUUUGUUCAUUAUUAAUCAGAAAAAAAAAAAACAAAUUGGGGUUUGAUCUGAAUUAUUGGAUUUUACUUUAAUAUUUUCCCAUGUAUAAUAAUGACAAUGCCUUGUGUGUGUAAAUACCGUACAGCUAGUGUAGCCUUAAUUGUUUAACAUGAUGUCAAACCAAGUGACAGGAAGGAAAAUUGUAUAUAUUGUUAAAACAAUUUACCAGAAUAUAUGGAUUUUUCAUCACCCCCUUUAAAAAGGAUCCUUUUUUUUAUUUACUUUAAAAAAAUAAAUACAUUUUUUGUAGUUCCUUUUCACCAUCAUGAAUCGCAGUUAUUGGCAGUGUUUGCAUUCAAAUUGUACUGAAUUCACUUUUUUUUGUUAACCCUUGGCCUCCAUAAUUACAGUAAAUGGUCUUUUAGGAUCAAAGUAUUCAUUUGUUUUGGUUGCAAGCUAUAAAUGUCUGAUGUUUUCAGAAAGAAGGGGUAAUUCAUACUUUAGUAUUUAAUAAUUUAAAACUGGGGAUGGGGGAUGGAUGGGGAGGUGGAAACCCUGCACUCUCAAAAUCUAUUGGGCCGUAAGCCACUUUUUAAACAUGCAUUUUGUAUUUAUUUUUUUCAUUGUUAUAGUCAUCUUUACAGAUUUACCUAAGAUUUAUUGCGUCUCUUAAUUGUGUGUAAUCUGUGCUUCGGCUCCUCAAGCACUGGUGGGCUUUACAUCUACUUGGCAAUUUGGUCCUGAUGUGUUUUUGUUUUUUUCCCUCAAAUACUGCGUACCGUUGCAAAGACUGCCUUUUUUUUUUUUUUUUUUUUUUUUCUCUUUAAAAACAUGAGCACAUUCUGCUGAAACCACUAUUGUGCUCCAGUGUUAGCAUGGGGUUGUUUUGUGCAGUCAAGUUUCAAAUAAAUAUGAAUGAACUCAUAUGUCAUUGGGAACAGAAAAUCAGAAUGAUUUUUUUUGUGUGUGUGUGAACUAUAAAGUUGUUUGCACUGAUUGGGAGAAAUUAUGGGUUUUCGGCUUCCUUUUCAAUCCAAUAAAUAACGAUCUCCUGCAGUUGUACGUCUCUGUUCCUGAUUUUGAAGUUUGCCUGAGUUUUGCUACUCAAAAUCAUGGUUGAACUGUUUCUUUGAACUGCAACUAAGUAGUUUUUUUAGUGCAUCACUUUUAUAUUACAUGUUUUGGGGGGCAAACUAUGAACAGGCUUCCAAAUUGGACUUCUGUCUUUUAGAGAGUAAGGAAAAGGAGUAUUGGAUACUUUGUAUUUCACUAGAAGUGAUUCAACACUUAUAGAAGUUAAAGUGAUCCCCAGGGGUUUGCAUGUGAUUGUGAACACAUAACAGUGACCGAAACUUGAUGUAAUGGCAUUUUGUUGUUGGUAUAUUUUUUGAAUAGGAUGGUGGAGGAUAUCUUAAUGCUACUCUGUAUGAAAGUAACAAUUUGAACAAAGUUUUAAAAUGGAUAAGAGGGUAUAUCUUGAACUAACAGGUAAGAUCACCAUUUUGCCUUACUAAAGUAACUCUAUCCCAGCACACACAAGUGUAGUAUCUUACAUUCGAAGUAAUUGAUGUUCACACAAAAGCCUCGUCAUUUUAACCAUUUAUAUUAAUAUAUUUUAUGGAAAUAUGCUAUAUAUAUAUUUCAUUCAUCAAAUAUAAUUUUUACCUGGCGUCUUAGUAAAUCGACAAAUUGAUGACUGGAAAAUAUGUUUGAUUGCUUUCUCUUCAGCAGAUGUUAGAAUUUUUAUGUAACAAAAGUGAUGGGGUCAUAUUCAUAAAGCAUGUUUAUCAGGUGUUUAACUUCAGACAUUGCUACAUUGUUACACGUGGGUUUUCGUUAAGCACAUCUGACUAAUGGGGCUUUCAAGGCAAUUUCAACUAGUGUUCAUGGAACUGUUUAAACACCGUUUUAGCUAGGUGUAACUAAAUGAGAUAGAGACAAGGUUUAGCUGUGUAACUACCAAAAUGACUGCAGUUUACUGAAGCAUUGUUUUAACAAAUUCUGGUAUAUUUUGGUUAGCCUUGUCCAAGAUGUAUGGAAAGUUAAACACGCUUUAUAAAUACGGGAUAACAAAAAAAAACCAGAGGUUCUAAAAGUGGUUUUAAAAAAUAUUCAUAAGCCUCAUAGAUAAAUGUGCUAUUUAAUAUGGAGCUUCAUGUCUAACAGCAACAAAAAAUGUAUAUAAUAAAGCAGAAAUAUUUUCAUGUAUGUAGAUUGUGUAAUGCUAAAGUAAAUUAAUGUCCACAGUGAUUUUACUGCUAUUUAGAGUGUUUACAAAGAAGUUCAAUAAUUGUAUAUUUUGUAAUAUGUGUACUUAUUCCAAAAGAAAUAAUAUUUGUGAGAAAAACAAAUGUUCCUAACUUGGAGACUGUAGUAUCUGUUUGGAGUCCGUUGAACAAAUUGCAUUCCUUGCUUGUAAAAUGUUGUUCCCCCUUUUUUUUGCAGAUUGAGAAGAGUGAAAAUACAUUUUUAGAUUGCAAAAUGUGCCAUUAAAUAAAUGGGUUAUUACCUUA